GCCACAAAAAAAUGGCUACACCGCUUCAGUGAUCUUUGCCUCCGCCUCCUCGUCUUCGUCUUCUGGCAGCUCAGAAAAUGGCUAAAACUCGAUCUGAACUCAAGAAAUCCGUAGCAGCAGCAGAAGAAGAAGAAGAAGAAGAUUCUUCAACAGACAAUGAAGGUUCGGAAUCCGACUCAGAAUCGGAGCAAACCCAAACUCAAAUGCAGAUUGCCAAAAGUCCACCCGCGGCGGCAACGAAGGUCACCGAAGCAUCAUCUACGCAAGCCAAAACUCAGGCCGCUUCGUCGUCUGAGACUGAUUCCGAUUCCGAGUCCGAGUCUGAAAGACCCGCCCCUAUUGUUAAACCCACGGAUCAACCACGAGAAUCCGCCCAAACCAAGCCGAGAAAAUCCGGUGCCGAAGCUAAACGCCCGGCCCCUGCUGCGGACAGAGAAGUCACAGAAUCGAAGAGGCAGAAGCGAAAUCCAGAAUCCGCGGUAGAAAUCUCUGAGAUUAAACCAUCGGAAGAAGACUCGAAGAAACAGCUAUUCCAGAGAUUGUGGAGCGAAGACGAUGAAAUAGGUCUUCUGGAGGGAAUGAUCGAGUACACGGAGAAGGAGAAUGCCGAUCCGCAUACCGACUUGGACGCGUUUCACGAGUUCAUACGAAAUUCUCUGCAUUUCACAGUGAGCAAACACCAGCUGCAAAAUAAGAUGAAGCGGAUGAGGAGAAACUACAUAAACAACGCCGGAAAGGGGAAGUCAUUCUCGAAACCUCACGAGCAAAAAACCUAUCAACUGUCCAGUGAAAUAUGGGGGAAGGAGGAUGAGAAAAUCGAGGAUAACAACCAAGUAAGAAUUGUUCACGCUCUGAUGGCCUGCAAUGGAAGUCUCAAAGAAGAAAAAAUCAAUAAAAAUUCGACGAAGAAAGCUCCGGUUGUUCAGGACGCUAUUGAAACGCCUAAGGCUUAUGCCGCUGCUGCUUCGAGUGGAUGGAUGAAUGGCGUGAAGAGAAUGGAGGGUGAGAACAUCGGCAGAUUUAAUUUACAGUGGCCAUUUAUGGAGAAGAACAAGGGUAUUGUGAUCAGUGAGGAGAAGAGAAAGGAGAUUGAGAAGAAGCGGAAAGCUGUGGUGGUAGCUGAGCUCGAUCUGUUCUUGAAGGAGCUAGAUCUGAUUCAAGAACAAGCGAAGGCGACUUUGGACGCCAUGAAGAAGUAGUCCUGCAAACGAGGGAUCACUCAAACAGUUUUUUGCCCUCCCCUCCCUCUGUUUUCAUAUUUUGCUAAAUCAAACAUGAACGCUGGAAUCCAAUCCUCUUUGCAAAUAAAUUAUUAGUACUUGGUAUUUUCUUGUCUUCUCUUUUUUAUGGAGAUUCAAAAUUAUAUUGCUUUAGCAAAGCA